AUGGAAACUCUCGCCCGGCACCGCGUGCGACAACCCCGCCAGCCUGCGGAGGCCCGCCAGUUCGGUUUCCUCAGCGGGUCGCGUUCACCUGCAUUUCCAGAUCAAGACUCUCUGCUAAAAAGUGGUCGACGUUAUGAUGGUGGUGUGAAGCCAAAAUUGAAUAUAAAUCAAGUGCAGGUUGUCAGCUACAAUUUGAGCAGGAGAGGAAAGUGGGAAAGAGCAUCCUGGAAGCCGUUCACUCACAGCCACUCCAGCCCUCUCAACGUCACAGUUAAUGGCAUCCCCUGCAUUCUCUUCUGGGCCAAGAGGAUCAUGAUUAAGUUUGAAAACCACACACAGCUGGAUUUGACAGAGAAGACAUUUGGUGUCCACGCAACAGUGGAUGUUGGAGAUUCAAACUGCAGUGAAGACAACGCAAUGCUUUCUCUGAAGUUCGGUGACAUUGGCGAUCUAAAGGGACUUGUUAUUAGAUUCUUAUUAACAACCAGCUAUUACCAGCUGUCUGUUCAGAACUGGUUCAGUCUACACAGACUGCAGCUCCUUUACAACCAUUCCAUACAAGCAACAUUUAAUGCGACCAGAAUAUACGCACCAGCAAGUUACUCCUACCACUGUGAACACGUGAGCAGCUUGCAGAGAUAUGAUGCACUUCUAAUACCCAGCUCUGCAAAUGAUCUGUCAAAGCUUUGGGAAGUCACAUUUAUUGAUUUCCAGAUUCAAGGUUUUAACAUUCAAGAAGGACAUUUUGCCUAUGCAAAGGACUGUGCAUCCUUUUUCUCUCCAGCAAUACUUAUGGGAUUGGUUAUGUCACUGAUUCUGCUUCUGGUUCUUGCCUAUGCUCUUCACAUGUUGAUCCACCUGAAAUCUCUUGACAGGCACUAUGAAUGCAAAGCUUCUCCUGCCUAUUUUGGACAGAUGAAAGACAGUGAUAUUGGGGAUGAGAAAGAGCCACUGAGAAACAGUGGAAAUGAGUCCUAUGAACUAAGAAACCAACAAUUCUGUAAAAUCUAUAUUUAG